AAGUCGUAUGCUUUAUACUAUUAUUUGUACACUCGGGCUUGUCAAUAUUUCCAAUUAGGUACUUAAUUGUCCACGAAUCAUGUGUUAAGUGUCUCAGACCGUGUUUUAACUAUUUCGGGAGUAAUAAACCUGAACUAAUUAAAAACAAAAAAAAAACUAGCAGUUUAUUUCUUUAGUCAAGUACAAUUUAUCAUAAUCAAUUUUAUUUUACUGGUGUUGAUGAUUUCUUACACACUAAAUGACUGACAUUUUAAAAGAUUUGUGUGAUAUUUGGGAAAGGCUAUUUAGCCACCGUCCAUUCUUACAAGGGGAAAUAAAAUACUUUUUAUCUGAAUUUGAUAAGAAACAAUAUAGAGCUGAUGAAGAAAAUCUUAAGAAAAUUGGUGAACUAAUAGAUGAUUUAAAAGAAAAUAAAAUUGAAAGAUUUCUUGAAUCAAGUGGUGAAAAUUUAUCGUCAUUGAAUUCAACUAUUAAUGAAGCAUUGAAUUUGAGCCAAGAGAUUUUAGACCAAGAAAAUAAUAUUAUUUCAGAAGAAGAAUUAAAAACUAAAGAAGAAUUACAUGAAAAACGCCAAAAAGAACUGGAAACAUUUAAAUCUGAUUUAAAAAUUAGAUAUGAAAGUAUAGAUAAAGAUAUUGAAGAUAAAUUGGAGGCAAUUAAAGUAAAUUACGAAGAAGCUAUUAAUAAACUUAUUGCCGAUAAUCAGUAACAUUAUGGAUUAUAGAAUUAAAAU